GCAAACAUGGCGGCGCACUUGAGCAGAGCUGUGAAGCGGCUUUUCCCGAGGGAGCGUGGUUGGCUCCUGCCUGCAGCCUGGCAGUUCUAUCCCGAAUCAUGGCGUCAUCAGCAUCACUCUGCAGGCUCCUCGCUGCGCUACAUACCCCGCAGGGCCGUUCUCUACUGCCCUGGCAAUGAUGAGCGAAAAUUGAGGAAGCUGGCCUCGUUGGAUGUCGACUGUGUCGUCCUGGACUGUGAGGAUGGUGUAGCCCUCAGCAAAAAGACAGAGGCCAGAGAGACCAUCCCCAGGAUGUUGGUGGAACUGGAUCUGGGGCGGACGGAGAAAUGUGUGAGGGUGAACUCGGUGUCCAGUGGCUUAGCUGAAGAUGACCUGCGUGUCAUUCUGCAGGGUGAGGUUCUCCCUCCUGCCAUCAUGUUACCAAAAGUGGAGGACACACAGGAGGUGCAGUGGUUUGUUGACAGGUUUCAGCACAACUUGAAAGGACACGCACUGACAGAACCCAUUCGCCUGGUCACCUUUGUGGAAACCGCUGUGGGCCUGCUCAAUUUUAAGGCGGUGUGUGAGGAAAUCCGUCGACUUGCUCCCAGGGCUGGUCUCCACCAUGACGGCGUGGUGUUUGGCUCUGAUGACUUCUGUGCCAGCAUAGGUGCCACACGGACUAAGGAUGCCAGGGAGCUCCUUUACGCCCGACAGAAGGUGGUGGUGACCACCAAAGCGUUUGGGCUACAGGCCAUCGAUCUGGUCUACAUCGACUACAAAGAUGUGGAGGGGCUGAGGCAGCAGGCCAGAGAGGGCGCUCUCAUGGGCUUCACAGGUAAGCAGGUGAUCCACCCAGGGCAGAUCCAGGCUGUACAGGAAGAGUUCUCCCCCAGUCAGGAGAGGGUCCAAUGGGCCAAAGAGCUCAUUGCUGCUUUUGACCAACAUCAAAAGGAGGGCAAGGGUGCGUUCACCUUCCGCGGCAGCAUGAUUGACAUGCCCUCGCUGAAGCAGGCGCAGAACAUCAUAACCCUCUCCAGCGCGGUGCCGGAGCAAUAACACCAAAUUGGGAUGGGACCAAAAGCGGGAGGAACCACACACCACUAAACCAUGGGCCGCAGAGGUCAAGGCGGACUGAAAAAAAAAUGUUACGACAAAUUGUAGCGCUUCACAAACAACUUGACUUUGACGCCUGACAGAAAAGGACAGUGGGGAUGUUUGGUGUUGAUUUUUAAUAAUUGUCCACAUAUGUCCCAUUCAAUUCAUUGGUGUGCUUUGGCAGUUGCAGUGAAGUUUCACUUUUACUGCCGAGGUCCAUUUACUUUAUGACUAUAUACUGAAAUGUAUUGCUGAAUAUAAACUCUGCAUGUAGGGAGCACCAACCGGAAAACCUUUGGAAACCAACCAUUGAAGAUUAUUGCCCAUGUGCGGGGCACUUUCUUGGCAGUGUGUGCACCAUCAAGAUGCUCGCCUGUGUCUUUGUGUGUGUGUGUGUGUGUGUGUUUUUGUGUGUGUGUGUGUGUGUGCAUGCGCGCCCAUGGCCUCCCAUCUCUUCUAAGUCAUGAUGAAUGCUCUUGCAUCUCCAUGGUCCGGGCAGCUGGGCGAAAGGGUAAACAAACACAACAAGCCACUGUUGUUGAUCUAUUCAUCGGGCCCCAGUCUUCCAGUCAGGCCUCAGCCCCCCCGCCCAGGGCCUAACUCACAAACAUCAAAGUCCUGCCCGCUGGAAAAAAAAAACCCUAAAAAAGAGCCGCAGAUGCAAGUGUGUUAACUCACGAUUUAGCUUUUUUCUGUCAGUCUCCUUAGUAAAGACAUGCAGCUCGCUCUGUGGAAGCAGCGAGCCUGUGGUCUUGAUGGAGAAGGCGUGCGGUGUCAGACACACCAUGACCUGCACGGAAAAUAAACACUGCAUACAUACCCACGCUGCGGCGGUGUUCUUCACCCGGCCUCUCAUUUAACACACACCAACACAAAAAAAAAGUUGAACUCGCAUUUGCAGGUAUUGCUUCUCGGCGAAUUCCCCUGUUUAUCGGCAUUUGCUUCGGUUUAAUCGGUGUUGAUCAUAACAAUUAAAUGAGCCGAACCGGUUUGUUGCUCUGUCAUCGAAUGAAAGUGCGACGUGGCCCUGUGCGGUCGGGCACAAGUGACCUUCCAGAGACAGAGAGGUGGGUGUGAUGUUGGAGUGAGACAGAUUAGUGGCCAUGUUGCUCCAGCAGACCAGGACCGGGGCUUUGUCUCUCUUGACUGUGGAUGGGAGGAUAAUUGGGGGGGUGUUGAAUGGUUAAUAGUGCCAUUGGUGACCAUGGUAAUGAAAGGCACCAUACCUCCCCUACCCACCUCAUCCACUCAUCUCUCUCUCUCUCCCUCUCUCUCUCUCUCUCUCUCUCUCUCUCCCCUACUGUAUCAUCUAUUGUGUCUGGGGCAGGACUGUGAUCUGUGCCAGGCCAGGCCAGACACACACAAAAAAAAAAGAAGACAGAAACCACUCCUGCAACCGUCCAAACCCCAGACCAGUAAGCUGUCUCUUUGGCAAUAGGCCACAUAUGUCUCUCACGGGCAGCUCACUUUUUCUUUUUUUUCUGUCACGAUUUCGCCUUUUGUUUGAUUUUCACCAAAUCUACACACUGGGGUCGGUGGAGAAAAAACCCUGUCAGACGUGUGUGACGUUAUUUUGGGUGGAGCCACUUUGUGAGCCACUGCAGCACAGACGUCGGUCAUCGGGUUAUACUCCUGAAUUUGUCGGACUUGAAUGGUAAAAAUAUUGUUUCUUUGACUUGUCACAUACACAGACUGAGUAGCCUGUGCUGGAUGUUUAAAUCGUAACGUGUAAAUCCUCAUAUCUGCUGUUUUUGGUUGUUUUCCCAUUAAAUGAAAGAGUGGAUUUUGAUUGAACUUUAAUGUGGGUGUUUUGUUUAAUUCAUUUAUCAUUUGUUGUAGCUUCAUCAUGGUGCAAUCUGUAAUGAACGGACAGGUUUCAAAUACUUCAAUGCCUGUAUGAGUAAUUUAAAGUACUGGCUGGUUUGUAUUGUUUUUGCACAAACAAAUAAACAUGAGUACGAUUCUGAAUGGAA